AUGAGGGUGGGGGGUACAAAUUCGGCCAAGGUGUUGGGGGAAAAAUGGUUUCAACUAGGCCAAGAGAGGAGGCGUGAGAUUGGCUAUGGGAGUGGGAGAGGGGGAAUGUCGGUGGGAGUUGGGGUUGGAAGGAGUGAGCAAACUCGGGUGGAGGUGUCUCAACCUACGGCUCGGGUGGGUUCGGAUAUCGGCGGUGUGGGUGGGUUGGGCAGUGAGGGCGUUGGCGGUGAGGGGGUGGGGGUUCGGGUUGAUCCGAAAAGAAGGAGGACGGAAAUUGGGGAGGUGAGUGCUUUGAAUGGGGACAUGGUUGUUGAUUCUGAUUCUUUGAUGGCGGGACCUGUGGAUCAGACAGUUCGCGAGAUUGAGGACAUGGUGUCCUCUAAGAAACCCGACUUUGUAUUUCUCAUAGAAACCAAGGUUGACCGUGAUCAUGCGGAGCGCCUUCGGGUUAAACUUGGUUUUGAUGGACUUUUUUGUAUUGACAGUUCUGGUUUGAGUGGUGGAUUGGCUUUGUUGUGGAGAGCAAAUAAUACAGCGAGAUUGAUUAGUUAUUCCACAAACUAUGUGGAUGUUGAGGUGACUAUGCCGGGGUUUGAGAAGUGGAGAAUGACUGGAUUUUAUGACUUUUCGCAGAGGGGUCAGAGGAGAGACUCGUGGAGUCUUAUUCGUACCUUAGCUGGCAGAUCAAAUCUACCAUGGGUGAUGAUUGGAGACUUUAAUGAUUUACUUUUUCAAUCUGAGAAGCGGGGUGGAAACCCUCAUCCUCUGAGUUUAUUGCAUGGAUUCGGUGAGACUAUAGAGGAAUGUGGAUUAGCGCAGAUGCCAAUGAUGGGAUAUCCGUUUACAUGGGAAAAAGGAAAAGGCACACCGAAUUGGAUAGAGGAAAGGUUAGACAAGGUCUUGACUAGCCAAAGAUGGCGGGAGAUUGUGCCGGAUGCUAGUGUGCAAAAUAUAUUAACCCGAAAGUCCGAUCAUUCUGCUCUUUUCCUUGGGAUUCUGAAUCUUCGGGAAAGGACGGGUGGUCUGAGAAGAGGGUUUCGUUUUGAGAUGGCAUGGCUGCAUGAUGAAGGAUGUAGGGAUGUGGUGGAGAAGGCAUGGAACGAUGGCGCAGGAAGGGGGUUGCAAGAAUGUAUCUCUGUUUGUGGACAUCGUUUAUCGCGUUGGGGAGGAGAGCAUUUUCAUAAGUUUGGUGAGCGGAUCAGAAACCUGCGGAAGGAACAGUUGCGUCUGAGGGGGUGUAAUGAUCCGGUCUCAUUGGCUGAGUUCCAACGUUUGGAGAAGUGCCUAUGUCGUAUUGAGGCCCAGGAGGACACAUACUGGAGGCAGAGAGCCAAGCAGCAUUGGCUAAAGAACGCGGAUGCUAACACGAAAUACUACCACAGUGGGGAUUGGGUGGAGGGUGAAGCCAUGAGGAACGUUAUCUACGACAAUUAUAAGACUAUCUUUACCUCUGACUCCCCAAGAGAUAGUGGGGAAUUCUUUGGAAGUAUAGCCUCUCGGGUAUCACAAGUACAGAAUGAGUUGCUCUUGCGGCCCUUUGAUGCUAGUGAGGUAAAGAGUGCUCUAUUUUCAAUGUUUCCUGACAAAGCACCAGGACUGGAUGGAAUGAAUCCGGGCUUCUACCAGCAUUUUUGGGAUAUAGUGGGUGGUGAUGUAUCGACCUAUAUUGUGAAUUGUCUUAAUACUCGCUCGUUUCCAACUUGCCUGAAUGAUACAAAUAUAAUAUUGAUCCCAAAGAAGAAAACCCCUGAGAUGGUCUCGGAUUAUAGACCGAUAGCUCUGAGUAACGUGGUGUACAGGAUUAUGGCUAAGGUUAUAACUGCCAGGAUGAAACCGCUUAUGGGGGAUAUUAUAUCUGACACCCAAAGUGCUUUUAUUUCUGACAGGCUAAUAACGGAUAAUAUUUUGAUUGCUGCUGAGGUAGGACAUUUUUUGAAUAGAAAACAAUGUGGAGUCACAGGGUGGGGGGCUUUGAAACUGGAUAUGGCUAAAGCCUAUGACCGAGUGGAGUGGCCCUUCCUGCGUGGUAUGAUGUUAGCAUUGGGCUUUGAUGAAAGGUGGGUGGAUUUGAUAAUGCUGUGUGUGACCUCAGUUUCAUAUAGUAUACUGGAAGCCAAUGUGGUGAAACAGUGUUUAUCGGUGUAUGAGGAAAUGUCUGGGCAAGCAGUGAAUUACUAUAAGUCAAGUAUUUGCUAUAGUAAGAAUACGCGGGAUGAGCACAGAGAGGAGGUUGUCAGUAUUUUGAGAGUGGUUCAGGCUCCGAAUUUUGGGAGGUAUUUAGGACUCCCAUCGUUUGUGGGCAGGAAUAGGAGAGCAGUGUUCUCAUAUAUUGAUGAUAAGGUAAGACAGCGGAUUGGGUCCUGGAAUAAGAAAUUGCUUUCACAGGCGGGUAAGGAAGUCUUGUUGAAAAGUGUGGCACAGUCUAUGCCCACCUUUUCUAUGAGUGUCUUUUUACUACCUAUGAAUACUUGCACAGCCAUUGAGAGAGCUAUGAAUCGUUACUGGUGGAGAUCUAAGGAUGAUCAGGGCAUCCAUUGGAAGGCAUGGGAUAAAUUAUGCAUCCCUAACAAGUAUGGGGGAUUGGGCUUUAAAGAAUUACAUGCCUUUAAUUUAGCUAUGCUGGGGAAACAGGCCUGGCGUUUACUCACCAAACCUGAAUCACUGGUUUCCAGAAUAUAUAAAGCCAGGUACUAUCCUAAAGGGACAUUCUUUGAUGCUUGUAUAGGAAAUAACCCAAGUUACUGCUGGCGUAGUAUUAUGGCUGCACAUGAAUUAAUUUGUGGGGGAGUCAGACGCAGGAUUGGGAAUGGGAAAGGAACUCUUAUCUGGGAUCAUCCAUGA